AUGAACGAUGGCAGUGAGGACCCCACCAUAUUCACUGCCCACUCUCUGCCAAGUGACUCCCGCUUUUGGGCCCCCGUGACCAGCGCAUACCUGGGCACACGUGUGUACCAUGACGUGCUGCACAUGAGCGGUGUGUACAAUGGGGCUGGGAGGGACACGCACCGGGCCAUCCUGCCUUGCCCCCUCAAUGUCUGGCUGGAGGCCCCUGCAGAUCCAGGAGAGCCGGUGACUGAAGCCUUCAUUCUGGACACCAGCACAGGUUCCUUUCAGCACAUGGUGGAGGGUGCCAGCUUCCAGGCCUCCCAGCGCAUCUAUGCCCACCGCACACUGCCCCACGUCUUGGUGUUCUCUGUGUCCAUUGCCCGCAAGGUUAUGGGGAGUAGGGCCAUCACUGUGCAGCUGCAGGCAGCCUUCUCCCCAGAGAGCCCUGACCUGGACCUGCAUCUGGGUCCUGACUUCCAAGGAGCACGGUACCUGUAUGGCCUCACACACACCCCGGAACAGCCUGGGGGACAGCGACAGGAGGUGCAUAUGCUGUGGACACCUGCACCUGUGGCCCUGACCCUUGAAGACAGUGAGGAAGAUGAGACCUGGGAGUUUCUUAUGGCUGUGGGCAGCAGCCAGGCAGAAGCCCAGGCCUGCUUCCAGGAGGCUCUGUGCCUAAGGGAUGGUGGUGUGCUGUAUACAACCCAUGCUCAGGCCUGGGCAAGUCUCUGGGCAGGCUGUUGCCUGGAUGUGGCGGGGCCCUUACGGCUGCGCCAAGCCCUGCGGGGUGCCCUCUACUACCUGCUCAGUGCCCUGCCCCAGCCUGGGGUCCCAGGGUUCAUCUGCCACGGCCUCAGCCCUGGUGGUCUCUCCAAUGGCAGCCGUGACCAGUGCUAUUGGGGCCACGUCUUCUGGGACCAGGAUCUUUGGAUGUUCCCCAUUGUCCUCAUGUUCCAACCGGAGGCUGCCAGAGCCGUCCUGGAGUACCGCAUCCGCACGCUGGGCGGGGCGCUGCAGAACGCACACAACCUGGGCUACCAGGGUGCCAAGUUUGCCUGGGAGAGCGCUGGCUCUGGCCUGGAGGUCUGUCCUGAGGACAUUUAUGGGGUCCAAGAGGUGCACAUCAAUGGGGCUGUGCUGUUGGCCUUUGAACUGUACUACUACACCACUCAGGACAUGCAACUCUUCAAAGAUGCUGGGGGCUGGGACCUAGUCAACGCUGUGGCUGAGUUCUGGUGCAGCCGUGUGGAGUGGAGCCCCAAGGAGGAGAAGUAUCACUUGAGGGGAGUCAUGCCUCCAGAUGAGUUCCACUCUGAUGUCAGCAAUUCAGUUUAUACAAAUGUCCUUGUACAGAACAGCCUGCGCUUUGCUGCUGCCCUAGCUGAGGACCUGGGUCUGACUGUUCCUGAGCAGUGGCUGGAGGUGGCUAACAAGAUUAAGAUACCCUUCGACCCAGAGCAGAACUUCCACCCUGAGUUUGAUGGGUACAAACUUGGGCAGGAGGUGAAACAGGCUGAUGUUGUGCUUUUGGGCUACCCCAUUCCCUUCCCCCUGAGUCCCAGCAUCCGGAGGAGGAACCUGGAGUUGUACGAGGCAGUGACAUCCCCCCAGGGCCCUGCCAUGACCUGGAGCAUGUUUGCUGUGGGCUGGCUGGAGCUGAAGGACCCUGAUCGGGGGCAGGAGCUCCUGGACAGGAGCUUUGCCAACAUCACUGAACCCUUCAAGGUCUGGACAGAGAAUGCAGAUGGGUCCGGUGCUGUGAAUUUUCUGACGGGCAUGGGAGGCUUCCUGCAGACGGCUCUCUUUGGGUUCACAGGGUUCAGGAUCACCAGUGCAGGUGUAACCUUUGACCCAAUGUUUCCCCUGGGAGUCUCUGGCAUGUCCAUCUCUGGCAUCUUCUACCAGGGGAGCAAACUCAACUUCUGCUUUUCUGAGGACUCUGUGACUGUUGAGGUCACAGCCCAAGUUGGACCCUGGGCUCCCUCUUUGGAGGCUGAGCUAUCACCGUCACAGGCUCGGCUCCCCCUCCCCCCAGGGCAAAAGGUCUCCUUCCUCAGAUCCGCUGGCCGGAUACAGAGGGCCUCCCUGGUACCAUCUCACCCCUGA